CUGGGAAUGGCGACGGCGGCGGCCCUCGUGGCCACCAGCCUCCUGGUGUCGCUUCUCCUCCUCGCGGGCGGCGCGUCGGCGGCGACGCUGGCGCUGUACAACAAGUGCGGCGAGACGGUGUGGCCAGGCAUCCAGCCGGGCGCCGGGAAGGAGAUCCUGGCCCGCGGCGGGUUCCAGCUAGCCCCGAACCGUGCCACCUCGAUCCGGCUCCCCACGGGGUGGUCGGGCCGCGUGUGGGGGCGGCAGGGCUGCCGCUUCGACGCCGCCGGGCGCGGCAAGUGCGCGACGGGCGACUGCGGCGGCGCGCUCUACUGCAACGGGGCGGGGGGCACCCCGCCGGCCACGCUGGCGGAGAUCACUCUCGCCGCGACCCCCGCGGCGCUCGACUUCUACGACGUGAGCCUGGUGGACGGCUACAACGUGGCCAUCGCCAUGGCGCCGUACCACGGCUCCGGCGCCAACUGCCGCGCCGCCGGCUGCGUCAGCGACCUCAACAGCGUCUGCCCCGCCGGCCUGGCGGUGCGCGGCGGGAACAAGGUGGUGGGGUGCCGCAGCGCGUGCGCGGCCUACGGGAACGCCGAGUACUGCUGCACGGGGCAGUUCGGCGGGCCGCAGCAGUGCAAGCCGACGAACUACUCGAGGCUGUUCAAGCGGGCCUGCCCGAAGGCAUACUCCUACGCGUACGACGACCCGACCUCCAUCCUCACCUGCAGCUCCGGCACCUCCUACGUCGUCACCUUCUGCCCUCACCGCCGCUAG